AAGUUUCGAGCAGAUGUAAACGCAACGUUUGAACCUUCUCUGUAACCCGGAAAAACAACAGUCUGAAAGUAACCUGAAGUGUAUUUUAUUAUACCUAAGGCAGUUUUUUUACGAAGUUGGCGGUUGGUAUAUUUAAGCCGUCUGUGUGAAAAGUUUUAUCUCCUCGACUGUCUGUGUUUAGUGUGAAAAAGAGCCUUGAACAUAACGUCACUGUCUCUGAAUUAAAGUGUUUUUCCAUGGGUUCUCGUCUGAGACCUUACAUGAGUGAUAAUGGACCUUUGAUUCUGGAUGGUGGACUAGCAACUGAACUGGAGGCGCAAGGAAGGAAUUUACAGGGAGAUCCAUUGUGGAGUGCCAGGCUUCUGUGUACUAAUCCCCAGGCCAUAAGAGAUGUUCAUUACAGGUUCCUCCUCAGUGGUGCAGAUGUUAUCACCACAGCUACAUACCAGGCGAGUAUUACAGGAUUCAUCACUCACCUGAAUGUGAGCUCUGAAAGUGCCAGAGAGCUGCUGAUGUCUGGAGUUCAUCUGGCCAAAGAGGCAGUACAGAGAUUUGUCUCUGAGAGUUUUCCAACAGGGCAGAGAUAUUCCUUGGUGGCAGGCUCUGUUGGACCGUACGGGGCUUUUCUGCACAAUGGCUCAGAGUACACUGGGGCUUAUGCAGACAAGAUGAGUAUUGAGGAACUUAAAGUUUGGCAUCGGCCACAGGUUGAUUGUUUAGCAGCAGCAGGAGCUGAUCUCAUUGCUUUUGAGACAAUCCCAAGUCUCAAAGAGGCAGAGGCUCUGGUGGAGCUACUGAGAGAAUUCCCAAACUCUAAAGCCUGGCUCUCCUUCUCCUGUAAGGAUGGGAGGUGUAUAUCAGACGGCAGCCUGUUCACAGAUGCAGUGCAGAUUGCCAACAGAUCCACGCAGCUGGUCGCUGUAGGAGUCAACUGCUGUUCACCAGCCUUGGUAGAGCCACUGCUGGACUCUGCCGGGACCCUGAGGAGCCCAGACAUGAGCUGGGUGGUGUACCCCAACAGUGGAGAGGAGUGGGACACUGAGCGGGGGUGGCUAACAUCAGAGAAAACAUCAGCAUUAAAACCUGAACUCUGUUGUACAUGGAUGAAGCAAGGAGCUGCUUUGAUAGGAGGUUGCUGCCGCAUUGGUCCCACUCAUAUAAGAGAGUUACGACAGCAGUUAAAGGGUUGCACUUCUCCAGCCCCUGCAGUGUGACUGGACUGAAAAUAUAAUGGUGAUUGCUGUAAAAAAAAAAAAAAAAGUAUGUCAAAAACAAAAGUAUGUCUGAUCCAGGAGUUUAUAAAAAUCUUAAUUUAUUGUAAAAUAAAUAAAUAAACCACUACAUCAAAUUCACAUGAGUACACAAUGACAUCUGUGUUGGGUCAAAGACAGAUGACACCACAAAGGUGCAAAGAAAAGUGUAAGAACAAAUUAUGUCUGUACAUAAACAUGAAGAUAAACCAUGCAGUCUUGA